AUGGGGGGCCAGGGCUCUAGAAGGGAGCGAGAGUGCCUAGGAAUAGGGCUGGGGCUUCGGGUUUGCAAGGUGCUGGGAGCUCUGCAGGCAGGCUUUGGCCGCUCCCUACAUGUGGGCUGUGGGCUUCCAGGAGUAGAGAAGGACCCUGGGCACAGCAACCGCAGUGAAGACCGCUCUGAUGUGGAGGAGCUGGAGAGCAGCGGGUGGAUCGGCCAGGACACUGUGAAAGCCCUGCAUGCUUCAGGAGCCCACACAGUGGCUGUCAGCCACCCUGAUGCUGACUUGGCCAGCCUCUCCAAAGAGUGUCCUGGGAUACAGCCUGUGUGCAUGGAUCUAGGAAACAAGGAAGCUAUGGAGCAAGCACUGGGCAGGGUGGGAUCUGUGGACCUGCUGGGUUCUGCUACUGCUCUGGUUUUGAUGCAACCCUUCUUGGAGAUCACCAAGGAGACCUUUCCCAGGUCCUUCAAUGUGAAUCUUCGUUCUGUGGUUCAAGUGUCCCAGGUGAGCCAGCGGGAAGGUGUGGCCCGGUGCUAGCUGGCUGGGCAGGGUGUGGCAGGAUCCACUGUUAACAUCUCCAGCAUGGUGGCCCAUGUAACUUAUCCCAAGCUGAUCACCUGAGUGAGCUCCACUAAGUCCGCAAUGACCAUGCUGACCAAAGAGGCCAUGGAGCUGGGGCCCCACAAGAUAAAGAACUCUGUGAACCCCACGGUGAUGCUGACCGUUGUGGGCAAAAAAGUCACGGCUGACCCUGGGCUCUCCUGAAAGCUGAAGGAGCGCCAUCCACUGAGGAAUUCUGCAGCAAAGGCCCUGGACUAG